UUUCGCUUGCAUUUAUAGUUGGUGGCCAUUUUCUUAAAUUUAGAUAGCUUAAUUGCACAAAUUGUGUCUAUCGGUGUCGGGUCGGUAUAGUUCGAAACAAGAUUAAGAUUCCGCCAUGUCUACGCGAGGGAGAAUAACGAGUGGUAUAUGGUAUCACUUUUCGAAGGAAGGAACCAAAGCGAAGUGUCGGUAUUGUUACACGAUAAUUUCGUCGUCGAAUGGAUUCACUGGAAAUAUGAAAAGGCACUUAAAAAGUAAACAUCCGAUGGUAUCUUAUGACAGAAACGCAACAGAAAGUGUUGGUGCUGAUCUUGCUGGGUCUGAAAAAGAAUCAGGUGGUAACGAAAGUACACCUAAACAUGAUAUGCCGUUAAAUGCCGAUUCACGCGAUGAUGGCAAGGGUGUUUCUGAUUCUGGUGUUGCUGAUAACGGUACUAUUGUGGUUUCUUCGUGUACUGUUCCCAAAAUUUCGAGUCAUUCAAGUAAGACGCCUCUCAUGACUAGAUAUGUCGAUGUCCACCGACCGGUGCCAAUUGCGAAAAGCAGGUCGCUGGAUUCUCAGUUGCUUAAGAUGAUUUGCAAAGAGUAUCAUCCAUUUUCACUCGUAGAAGAUGCUGAGUUUAAGGAAUUUGUUCGCAUGUUGUGCCCAAUGUACGUUCUACCGAGUAGAAAAACACUAACAAAUAGCUUGUUGCCUACUUUGUACAACGAGGCUCUAGCAAAAGUUAAGCAGGAGCUUGAAGAAGCGUCCGCAGUCAGCUGGACUAGCGAUGGGUGGACAAAUAUAAAUAAUAUUAGUUUUUAUGCUUUAACUGCCCAUUUUAUUGAUCAAAGAGGUAGCUUAAAGUCAUAUUUACUUGAGUGCUCUGAAUUCGAUGAUAAACAUACAGGUGAAAAUAUAGCGUCAUGGAUCACUAAGGUACUACAAUCAUUUAAUAUUGAUUUCAAGAUAACUGCAAUCGUCACUGAUAACGCUUCUAAUAUGAAGUCUGCAGCAUCUAUAUUGAAUCUAUCUAUCUAUGUUAAACCAUUAUUUAUGCAGAAGUCACCUUUAUCACAUUAAUAUUAUUGAAACAAAUCUAUGCGAAUGCUCAGAAUCUUAUGAAGAUAUUGAUCACAUAAUUUUACGUUGUCCUCGAUAUUCUGAAACUAGACGCCAUUUUCUUUCUUCUUUUUCUUGUACUGGGAGACCUAUUUUUCACUCUAUAAGAGAUGUAUUAAGUAAUAGAGACUUAGCUAUCCACAAAAUUAUAUUUGAAUUUUUUUUAAAAUCAAAUAUCAAACUUAGCUUCUUCAUACAU